AUGACAUUUUAGUUGAAGCUCCCUUUAAUUAAGAGACGAACAGAAUAGGAAUAAACUAAUAUAGAUUUUAAAUAAGCAUCAAAUAAAAGUCAAGAUGUUGUAAAUAUAUAAGAAACAAUAAGAAGUUAAAAUCAAAGGAAAAGCAGCAGCCUUUAUGGUAUUAUAAAUAAAUAAAAAAAGAAAUUUCAAAUUAAGGAUCAAGUCGUACGACUGAUAGAACGAAAUCAAUUGAAAAUUCAUUAGUUGGGGAAGCUUCAAUAAAACAAGAGAAAUCAAAUUACGUCAUGAAAGAAUAAUAGAAAAUUUAGGGUUAGAUUGAUAUGAGAAAAGGUUUUGCAGGGAGAUAUGAUAGAAAUGGUGAAUGGGAGCAUUAUUUACCACCAAUACCAAGUGUUAAAGAGAGAGAAAAUAAACAAUUAUAACAACUAGUCAAAUUCACUAUAAAAUUUGUUGAUAAAGUUCCUAAGCUGAAAUUAAGGCAAAGAUUAAAAUCUUGUUUUUUAGCAAUCAAAGCAUUAGUUAGAUGGGCAAAAUUAGUACAGUAUUUCAUACUUAUAUUUUAAAGAUCUCUAAUUUAGAAAAAAAGAUUGAAUUCUUUUUGUUAUAAUAAUUGUUUAAAGGAAGUAAUUUAUAAUGAUUAGAUCAAAGCAAUAAAAUUUAAAUAAUGGACAUAAAUGGUGUUUUCAAAAGUAUUUAAUUAGAUAAAAAAGGAGAGAUUAGAUUAAUAUUAAAAUUUAAAUAUUAUAGUAAUUAUAUUAUAUAUAUUUGUUAGGAUGGUCAUUGUCAGUAAUUAAGUCCACAAGAAAAUGAUAUGAAUAUACUAAAAUUAAGACAUUUAAUAAUGUUGAUGUUAGAAGGUUUAUUAAUAAUGACAAAUAAAUCAAAUUUAUUAAAAGAAUUGAUUGGAGAAAUGUAUUUAUCAUAAUUUGAAGAUUAAAGAAAUAGUUUUUAUUUAUUUACUAGUAUAAGAACUUUGUAUUUAUAAAAUAAAAGAGAUGAAUUACCAUAAAUGCAAAGAGCUAUGAUAUAUAUUGAAUUUUUAAUAAUGAAAAUCAUAAUUUAAAAUAUACAAAUACUCAUUAAUCAGGAUAAAAUAUUAAAUACUGAAAACAAUACUUUAAGUUUCUUAUUAAAAUUACUAAUUUCAUUUCUACACUAUCUCUACUUGAAUUUAUUCUCAAAAUUAGAAAUUAUCAAGUAAAGAAUAAAAAAAUAAUUAAUUUAAAAAUAAUUAAUCAUUAAUCAAAGUAUAUAAUUAAUUGAUACACCUUCAAGUAGAGAUUGUUAAGAUUUAAUAAUUGGAAUAUAUAAUUAUGAAUCUUUAAAACCAAUUUUGGAAUCUUAAAGAUGGAAACUUUAAAUGAAAUCAAUCUUUAUGAAAGUUAUUUAAAAUCUUGAAUAACAAUAAUUAUGA